CACCGGAACUCCAGUCACCGGGCAGCAUGCUGUGUGCCCUGCUUCUCCUGUCCAGCCUCCUGGGGCCCACCAUGGCUGGCCCCAUCUCAGGCCCCCAGGACUGUGCCAAGGGACCCGAGGUAUGGUGUCGUGACCUGCAGGCAGCUGCCAGGUGCGGGGCUCUGGGGCACUGCCAAACAGCUGUCUGGAACAAGCCCACCACCAAGUCCCUGCCCUGUGACGUGUGCCAAGAAGUGGUGGCUGCUGCUGGCAACGGGCUGAACCCGGACGCCACUGAGUCCGAUGUCCUGGCCUCAAUGAUGAAGACCUGUGAGUGGCUUCCCAGCCAGGAGUCCUCAGCCUCAUGCAAAGGGAUGGUGGACGCCCACAGCACGGUCAUCCUGAGCAUGAUCAGCAGAGACCCGGGCAGCUCUGCAGCCCAGGUGUGUACUGCGCUCACCCUCUGUGAGCCGCUGCAGAGGCACCUGGCCGCCCCAGGGGGACCAGGGGGACCACUCUCCCAGGAGGACACCUCCCARGCAGUGGCCCCAUUCAUGGCCAACGGGGCCCUCAGCUUCCACCCUCCACAGAAACCUGGGGGUGCUGUGUGCCAAGAGUGUGUCCGGUUGGUCUCCCAGCUCCAGGAUGCUCAGAGGUCCAACUUGACCUUGGCAGGGAUGAACGUCCAGGGGCAGUGUGACUCCCUGGAGCCUGGCCUGGCUCUCCUCUGCAAGAGCUACAUCUACCAGCUCUUUGUCCCUGCAGAGCAGACUCUGAGACUUCUCCCACCACAAGGGGUCUGCAGGAAGGGUGGCUUCUGUGAGGAGCCUGCCCGCCAGCUGGCUCAAGUAGCUGCUGUGGACGGGGUCCCCUCCCUGGAACUGGGGCUGCCGAGGAGGAACGAGGUCCAGAUGAAGUCAGGCCUGACCUGCGAGGUGUGCCUGGAUGUGAUCCAGAAGCUGGACCAGUGGCUGGUGACCAACAGCACCGAGGUCAUGAUCAGCCAGGCCCUGGAGCGAGUGUGCUCCCUGAUGCCCGCCUCCAUCCUCCAGGAGUGCAUCACCUUGGUGGACACCUACAGCCCCUCCUUGGUGCAGAUGGUGAGCAGAGUCACCCCAGAAAGAGUGUGCAAGACCAUCCGGCUCUGUAGCAGCCGCAGGCAGGCCAGGGCCGUCUCGGGGGCCCAGGCUAAGGAGCCGUCCCUGCUGCUGAACGAGGAUGGUCAGGGCAGCUUCUGCAAUGGGUGCAAAAGGCUGCUGGGUGUGUCUUCCCAAAACCUGGAGCUCAAGAGCACCAAGCGGGACAUCCUGAAAGCCUUCAAGGGCGGCUGCCACAUCCUGCCCCUGCCCUACAUGGUGCAGUGCAGCCGCUUCGUCACCGAGUAUGAGCCAGUGCUGAUCGAGAGCCUCAAGGAGAUGAUGGACCCCGAGGCUGUGUGCAGGAAGAUGGGGGCCUGCCAUGCCUCCAGGGUCCCACUGAUCGGCACCGACCAGUGCGUCCUGGGCCCCAGCUUCUGGUGCAGCAGCCCGGAGGCCGCUGAGCUGUGCAACGCUGUAAGCCAUUGCCAGCGCCUCGUGUGGAAAGAAACGUCCUUCCACAGCAGGGAGCACCCGUGACUGUGGCUGCCAGAGCCCAAGAGCCUGUGACUGCURGCCCCGGAGGCUUCUGCAUCCCAUAGGGACCCCAGGAGGUGGGUGCUGUCCCCAUCUCCAUUUCACAGAUGAAAAACUGAGGCUCUGAGGAGGGGGCUGGGAGGGGCAGGCUGAAAGAUGAAGCCAGAUAUUGGUGACCCCGAGGAGCUGCCUGAAGGUCUCUGCCAGGUGACUUAGUGCACAGGACAAAGUGCACMACCCAGCCAAGGCUGCCCUUGGGUGCCAAGCCGAGAAGCGCAGCAGGGGUUGUGGAUGUCCCUUGGGCCCCAGGAGCCACGGCGGAGGUGGAGGGAAGGUGGUGGGCUCGCUAGUCAGACUGGGCCUCCCRGGCAGAGCUCAGUGUGGGGACUGGGUCUCAGCCAGGCUACGUGGCUCGCCCAGCCACAGCUCAACCUGAGGUCUCUGGGGUGGUCCCCCAGGGACCUGUGAGGUGCCAGCAUCUCUGCACUCCCUGGGGGGGGUGCCUGGACCCAGAGCCAUCCUUCCAAUGUCUCCACCCACCUCGGGACCCUGUCCUCUCACUCAGAGCUCAGCCUUCCUGGGGCUGGGCAGAAGUCUUGGGGUGUGCUC